GGGAGUCCUGUAAUGGCGACGGGGUUGUCAGAUAAUUUGAAGCACCCGACAAUGGUUUGGGAAGUGAAGACAAACCAGAUGCCUAGUACGGUGCAGAAAGUCCUGCUGGUGGUGGACAAGAGAAUGAACGAACGAGGAAUGAACGAGGCGCUGGACCUGCUGAAAUGUAACGAGAAUAUUCCGUCUUCUCCUGGAUACGCAUCUUCUGACGAACAUAUGGAACUCGAUGACCUUCCUGAAUUGCAGGCGGUUCACAGCGACUCUACCCCACACGCCCUCUUCCAGCUGAGCGCUAAUGUCUCACAUCAGGAAUACACAAGGCCUUCUUGGAACCAGCACACCUCAGGCAGCAGCCCAGAAAGCGCUUCCCCGCGCGAGGACGGAGUGAACUGGCUGACGGAGCUGGCAAACAUAGCCACUAGCCCACAGAGUCCUCUCAUGCAGUGCUCGUUUUAUAACACAUCAUCUCCCGUUCACUUACUAGCUACAAGCAAAAGUUUACAUUCCUAUGCACGCCCGCCGCCAGAAUCCUCUCCGAGCGAGACAGUUUUUCCCAAGCAUCACGUGGAAGAAACGCCAAUCAGACACGAAAGGACAAACAGUGAAUCAGAGUCUGGCAUUUUCUGUAUGUCAUCAUUGUCAGACGAUGAUGAUCUGGGAUGGUGCCACUCUUGGCCUCCAACUGUUUGGCACUGUUUCCUUAAAGGAACGCGUUUAUGCUUCCACAAAGGACGCAAUAAAGAAUGGAUAGAUGUUGAAGAUUUUGCUGGAUUGGCCAGCUGCAGAAAAGAAGCUGAUGAUUCAGUGGGUGCUUAUAAAGGCUACGCCGCUGAUGGAUUGAAGCUGAUCUCGCACGAAGAGAGCAUUUCGUUUGGCGAGUCAGUGCUCAAGUUGACUUUUGACCCGGGCACAGCAGCCGAGGAUUUACUCACUGUGGAGUGCAGACUAGCUCACCCCUUCUAUGUUAAAAAUAAAGGUUGGUCUUCUUUUUAUCCAAGUUUGACUGUGGUCCAGCAUGGCAUUCCAUGUUGCGAAAUGCACGUUGGCGACAUCUGUCUACCUCGUGGACACCCUGAAGCCAUAAACUUUGAUGAUUCUGGUGUUUUUGAUACAUUCAAAAGACCGAUGAAACUUCUUCCACUAGAGGGCGGAAGACUUCCGAUUUUAGACUCCGCAAACGGACGCUUUAAGUUGGAAGCCCACACCUCCUCCGUGUUCAGUAAAUCGGGCAAAAACCACAACUCAGGGACUGCAAGUACUGUUAGUGCCACUUCCCCCAACAAAUGCAAAAGACCAAUGAAUGCCUUCAUGCUUUUUGCCAAAAAAUACAGAGUGGAAUAUACUCAAAUGUACCCAGGAAAAGAUAACAGAGCCAUAAGUGUCAUACUUGGAGACAGGUGGAAGAAAAUGAAAAACGAGGAAAGACGGAUGUACACGUUAGAAGCCAAGGCCUUGGCUGAAGAACAAAAACGUUUGAAUCCUGAUUGCUGGAAACGGAAACGAACAAAUUCAGGGUCCCAGUAGCACCGAGUUCGAAUUCUAAUCAAUCCGUGGUGGUGGAAGGCACGAUCAAGGCUUCGUGAUUCGUUGUUGGCGGCGUGGCUAUAAUAACACGGGCAUCACGGGGUCACUUAGGAAUGAAGUUUUGCUUAUUACAGUAGGGCGUUAAGCAAGCUAAAAGUAUCAACGUAUUUUUUUUUAAAACAACAACAACAACAACCAACAACCAAAUUGCCUUAUUAUUAUUAUUAUUUUCCUUCCAAACUACAUAUAUAUAUCUUAUCAGGUGUAACAGGCUUGAAUACGGAUAUCCUGUGGUGCUAAGGAAUAUUAGGAAGAAAAGAGGAGAUUUGUAUAAAAAGUUUUUUUUUUGUUUUCUAAGGACAAAAAAAAAAAUGCACAAAAAGGGGAAGUUUGGAACACGUUAACAUCUGUUUAUAGUACAAUUCCUAUUGCUGAUUAAUACGUAUUGCACAAACUAUGUAAUUAACUACAAAUUUUUUGCAAGCUGGGGAUUUUCUGACAAUGAUAGAUGAACUUCUCGUUUGCCCAGUGCCAACGGAGUAUCGAAACAUGUGGCAAAGCGAAUAGUAUAACGUACACUAUAUGUAGCAGAUUGUUUUCUAUAGGGGAAGGUGUCGCAUUGAUAAUUUAUAUUUGGGGUGCCUUCCCAGACUGAGCUGCAUUGGAAAAGAUUAAACCCGCGAGCAGAUUGCAUUGUUCAAGACGAAUGGUGCUUUCGUUAAUACCUUCAUUUAAUUGUUAAUUUUUUUUCUCUCCUACGUUGCGUAUUUUAAAAGAUUUUAUUUUUGCCCACAUCCUUUUUUUUACGGUGGGGGACAAACCUUGCACUUAUUUUCGGUGCAAUAUUUGCACUUUACUUUUAUUAUUAUUUUUUUCCUCCCCCCCUCCCCUCCAUCUAUCUAAAAACAGAGCAGAUAUAUUCGAUCUAUGGCUAACUUUUUGCUGUGAACAUUUACAAAAACAUAGCUUUUAAUAUUACUAAAAUAUAGUGUGGUUUCUGCCAAGAAUCACCAGAAAAUUUCAGCACCUGAUAUGUACGUCUUACAUGUUUUUUGCUCCUAUGAUUUUGCACACUGUACUCUUGUAUUAUUUCAAAUAAAUUGUAAAAAAAAUUAUUCUUCUAUAUUUUCUCUAUAUAAAAUAUACGAAGUUAUCACA